CGAAUUUAUUGUUUACAUUAUAAGAACAAUACGGCAAUCAGCAAUCCAUGGCAGUCUAUAAAAGCAGAGCAGCUUUUGUUGAACCAUCAUUAUCAAUUGUCGGUAGCACUAGCAUCGAAAUAAGUCGUGAUAGGUGUGCAAAAUGAUGAUGCGUCAGUAUUUCUAUAACCGAGCCCACCCGGACAGGGGUUGCAAUUGGGGAAGGCUUGCUGGGUUUCAACGAUAUCCUCGCAUUGCUGUUUGUGAUCGGGUAUUCUGGGUGUGCGAGCAAGAAAGGUGUGCUGUGACCACUUCGGACGUCAACAACAACGUCAUAGGAGGUGCUCCAAACCAGGAGUACGCCGAAGGCCCAACUCGCCCAGUAACUCCAGAUAUACUAGCUCCAGCGGGUAUGGCUGCAAAUGCUGGCAGAAGAGACGACGAGGAUGAUGAUAACGGAAAUGGUGACCGUCCUCGAAAUAGUUUCAGCGAUAUCGUCAAGGAGUUUCUGUUCAUAAUAAAAUGGAUCUUCUGCAUUCUUGCUAUUAUGCUUAUUCUGGAAGGAUUUGCAUUCCGCUCUUAUGAAAAGGCAAACAUGGGAGGGAAGAAGAACGGUACUGGAAGCGAAUAGCUGAUCCGCAUAUCGGUGUCAUCUGGACUUACCAUUUGGAUGCUGGCCAGAAGUUUUCCAAUUCAAAAAAUACAUACAAAUACAUUAUUUUAGAUUUUUUAUAUUGCUCCACUCUACCAGAUGACAUCAAAUUAGCUAUUUUUAUUACACUUAUUAUCCCGUUAAAUUCAAUAAAACGUUUCAUUGA